AUGCUUGACAAGGGCAACUGGAAAGAUGGUGGCCAUCAGACUGAGCGAGCGUACCAAAAGCAGCCGACCAUCUUUCAAAACAAGAAGAGGGUCCUGUGGGGAGAAACGGGCAAGGAGAAGCUCGCUCAGUACUACGAGAACAUCGGUCUGGGUUUCAAGAUUCUCAAAGAGACCAUCGAGGGCACCUACAUAGACAGGAAAUACCCCUUCGCUGGUAAAGUCCCCAUCCGAGGGUGGGUCUUGCCCGGCGUGGUGACCAAGAUGAAGAUGCAGAGGACCAUUGUCAUCUGCCAAGACUCUCUCCACUACAUCUGCAAGUACAAUCACUUUGAGAAGCACCACAAGAACAAGUCUGCACACCUGUCCCCUGCUUCAGGGAUUGGCGACAUUGUCACGGUGGGCAAGAGCCAGCCCCUGUGUCAGUUGUCUCAAAGCACAGAGAGCCCAGGGCCUGCACAUAUCCAGAUCUUCAGAAAGAAGAGGCCCCUGUCCUCCUGGGCUGGCGUCUGGUUUCUCGUUGGCUGUUCCGCCUGCUCCAUCCCGGGCGACAUGAGCAGCCCAGGCCCUGCCGAACAAGUCGAGGCCUCUCUGGAUGAGAUCAAGAGCUGGAACGUGCCCUUGUUUUGUUACUAG